AUGUCCAGGAUUUUUGUCAGACACAGACUUCUCCUUACAUCAAAUGCAGUUCCAACUAUACAUCUGCAGUCAGCUGACGAUAAAACUACUACUAUCAUUAGGCCUACACCACCUAGUCAUGCAAGUCAACCUGAGCAAGAAGAGACUCCGAUAUCUCCUCCUCCUGUGGUUCCAUCUGAUGAGGGCUGUCCUAUCCAGUCAGUUGAUGAUGGUGCAACUCCAGCCCCACCAAGAGAUAAUCCAGAACCAUCAACAAGUCAAUAUGAGCCCAGCUGCAGGUGUGCCUACAAAAAGAGGGAACAUCACCGACUGCUUGCUGAGGCUGAACAGGAUUUCGAAGACAGAGAAUCUGCAGCCCGUGCACUUCUCGAUUUGUCUGGAAUUGAACCUCUCGAGUUGAGUGAUGCAAUUUGUUCAAAUGCAGAUAAAAAAAUCCAAACUCUGAAGUGGAUUCCGAAGUGCCAAAACUGCAGGAAAAAGAGACGCUACAGGUCCAUCAAAAUACAGUGUGGCAAAUCAAGUUGGACCAAAUCUGCCAGAAAAGUUGCCACCAAAAUGGACAUCAGUGAUGAGAGUGAUGACUUCUCAGAGAGUGAUGAUGACUUCUCUGAUGAUGAUUUUCCUGAGAUGGAUAUUGACGACCAUGAUUAUGUCCCACCUGAUGAGGGAUUCAGUGACAAAGACUGUCAGUUUGAUGAGAUGAAGUUAGACGAGGAAGAACCUUUUCAUAAGAGAAGGAAAUAUGUCGUCUUCACAUUGUUAGCCAUGGAACCAAUCGUUGUUAUAGACAGGUGAGAGGCACCCUUCUGACAGUAAAGACAGUUUGUGACAGCUGUGGUGAAAAAGGUGAAUGGCGAAGUCACCCAUCUGUCAGGCAAAUGCCAGUCCUCAACAUUCUUCUCAGUGCAGUAAUAUUAUUCACCGGCUCUAUGCCAACUAAAGUACUGCGACUAUUUCAGUAGGUUCUAACUAAUGACUUAUGUAUAGUAUUUGUUUGUAUCAGGAUUGUUAUGCACAAAAUACUUCAGAAGUAGUUGUAUAAGUAUUCUAAUGAUGAUUGUUGUUUUCUUUCCAGUUUCCUAAACAUACAGUGCUUUUCAAUUCGUUCAUUUUUUUAUCAUCAGUCUCUUUACCUACAUGAUGUUGUUUUUGAUACCUGGAAAACUGGCAAAGAGAAACUCAUGGAAAAGCUCCAAGGCAAAAGCCUUAUUUUGGGAGGAGAUGCCCGAUGUGAUUCCAUGGGUCAUUGUGCAAAGUUUGGGAGUUAUAGUUUACUGGAACUUGAAACAAAUAGCUGAUUUCUGUUCAACUUGUUCAGAGUAAUGAAACCCUGGGAAGCUAUCACAUGGAGCUGGAGGGUCUAAAACGUUGUCGAGAUGAAGUCGGUGAACAUCCAAUAACAGCUCUGGUGACAGACCAACACCGACAGGUGGCUAAGUGGGUACGAGACAGUUGGAAAGUGCCUCAUUUCUAUGAAUGCUGGCAUGUAGUGAAAGGUAAGUCAUCAAAAUAUUUCCCUACACUGUCUGUCCUUUGUUUUGCCAACGUGUGUACUUUCAGGACUAAGCAAACAACUGGACCAGCUAUCAAAAAAGAAGGGCUGCGAAAGUAUAAAGGAGUGGAUAAAGGGGAUAACCUAUCACCUAUAUUGGUGUGUUAUGUCGUCGGACCCUGGUGAUGAAGAUGCCAUAAAGGAGAAGUGGUUAUCCACUAUAGAUCACUUACAGAAUAAUCAUGAGAAGUGUCAAACCCAUGGUCCUGACUUGAAGAAGAAAUGGUUCAA